GCCACGUGUACUGGUCUAUUGCACCUGCAUACCAGUAAUCUAUGGUGACACAAGUGAUCCCCACGUCAUCUGGUAUAAAGUACAUUGUUUUCGGGGUGUUGGUUAGGUGUUGAUUGUUUAUAUAUGUAGAGUAUAAUAUUUUUAUUUGAUUGACCGAGGGUUGAUUACAAUGGUGCUGAUAGCUGCAGCAAUAUGUACAAAGGCUGGGAAAACGCUGGUGUCGCGGCAGUUCGUGGAGAUGACCAAGGCACGCAUCGAGGGUCUGCUGUCGGCCUUCCCCAAGCUGAUGUCGGCGGGCAAGCAGCACACGUUCGUGGAGACGGAGUCGGUGCGCUAUGUAUACCAGCCGCUGGAGAAGCUGUACAUGCUGCUCAUUACUACCAAGGCCAGCAACAUUCUCGAGGACUUGGAGACACUGCGCCUCUUCUCCCGGGUGAUUCCAGAGUACUGCCACAGCAUGGAGGAGACUGAGAUAGCAGACAACGCGUUCAAUCUGAUCUUUGCGUUCGACGAGAUCGUGGCGCUGGGCUACCGGGAGAGCGUGAACCUGGCCCAGAUCCGCACCUUCGUGGAGAUGGACUCUCAUGAGGAGAAGGUGUACCAGGCCGUCCGACAGACCCAGGAACGUGAGGCCAAGAACAAGAUGCGGGAGAAGGCGAAGGAGUUGCAGCGACAGCGUAUGGAGGCAUCAAAGAAAGGGCUGAAGAGUCCUGGGUUUGGCGGCGGGGGAGGGUUUGGAGGCGGCUCCAGCCACAUACCGCUGCCCAUCGUGGGCGACACUGCUUCUGUCCCAUCGGAUCUCAAGCCCAGUUUCACCACACUGCAAAAGCCAUCGGUUCCUACCAAAGCAAUGAAGUUGGGAACGAAAGCGAGGGACGUGGAGUCGUUCGUGGACCAGCUCAAGUCGGAGGGAGAGAAGGUCAUCUCUCCCUCAAGCAACAAACCUGUCACCAGCUCCAAGAUACCAACCUCCAUAGAGAAUGUGCAUGACGUGCACCUGCGCCAGGAGGAGCGGCUGGUGCUGAGCGUGGGCCGCGACGGCGGGCUGCAAAGCUUCGAGCUGCACGGCCUCGUCACGCUGCGCAUCGCCGACGAGAAGUGGGGGCGCAUCAGGGUGCAGCUGGAGAACAAGGACGCCCGCGGCAUCCAGCUGCAGACGCACCCUAACGUUGACAAAGAGCUGUUCAAGUUGAAAUCUCAAAUAGGGUUGAAGAACCCGGCCAAGCCAUUUCCACUGCACACAGACGUCGGAGUCCUGAAGUGGAGAUUCCAGACGCAAGACGAGUCAUGCAUUCCUCUUUCCAUAAACUGCUGGCCCUCUGAGAACGGGCAAGGAGGCUGUGACGUGAACAUAGAGUACGAGCUGGAGCAUGACCACAUGGAGCUGAACGACGUCUGCAUCGCGAUCCCUCUGCCGUCUGGCUGCGCGCCGGUGGUGAACGAGUGUGACGGGGAGUACACGCACGACCAGCGCAGAAGCGUGCUGCUGUGGAUCCUGCCCAUCAUCGACGCCAGCAACAAGUCUGGGUCGCUCGAGUUCAGCUGCCAGGGCCACCCGGCCGACUUCUUCCCAGUCGCCGUCAACUUUGUCAGCAAGGGCUCGUACGCUGACCUCAAGGUGGUGGAAGUGACCAGUGUGGAAGAUGACUCAGCAGUGAAGUUCUCUGACGAAACAGUGUUCUUCACAGAGAAAUAUGAAAUAGUGUAAUCAGUGUUGGUUAAGGAGUGAAUAAUCUAACCUGUAUUAUAUCAUUUAUAUACAUAUACACAUCUAAUGCUUAGCAUUACUCAA